AUGAGGAAGAAAAAUUCAAGUUCCAAAUGUAACAAGCAGUUAUCUUCAAACUGCCUUGAUAUUUGUCCAGCUGUCCCCAUGAGAUUUUUGCUUAGUAAAUCUGCUACUCAGGUAUCUGCUAUGCAAAUGGAUUCAAAAGUGGAUGGUCACUUAAUGCGAGGUAUAGAGAAAAAGAAGCUGCAUCCAGUGACUCAGUUAUUUCAGAACACCAAUAAAAUAAGAUUUGAAGAUAUAAACCAAGAAAACCUUACAAGAAUUGAAAGGACUGGCAGAGGAGCUCUUUAAGAGAAAGUCUUGGAUUCAGAGAAACUAGGAUAUGUUAAAGAAAGUGAUGGGAUAGAAAUUACAGAUUUGGAAUGA